UUUCCCCUUUUCCGUUUGAACGAGCAACUUUGCAAGCAAGGGGCACCGACCGUUCCUGCGAUCGUGGUCGGCGGAGAUGGAGGAAAGAACGCCUGUCGCCAAGAGACCCCUUGCAAGGACUUAAAAAGAAGCGGCAAGCCCCCGCAACUUAAGCUUUCUCUCCUUGGUGCAGUAAGUUUGGUUGCGGAGGGGGUGGGGAGGGCUGAAACAGCGAGAGGGUCCUUCUCUCCCGGGUCUUUCCUUCUCUCCGCCGCCGCCGCUGCUUUUGCCCUAUCGAGUUUGGAAACUGACCAGGAUGGACUUUGGCCGGAAUACCUCCGCUGUUCGGAUGCGAAGCUCUUAACCGGAGUUGAAAGGCGCUAUUUCGCUUUCCUUUGGGGUGGGAAGGUGAGAAGGGGCUGCUAUGCUACUGCCCCACGUCGAGUGGAUCGGGCCUGUCCCCUUCUGGGGGGGCUCCUGGCGAAAGUUGGGAGCGACGGUGGCCGGGGAAGGGGCUUCGGAAGAGCUGGUUUGACACCAGCCGCCGCCGCCAACAGAAGCAGCCUUCUUCCAGGCAUUUUCCGAGACGCGGGAGCCAGGAGCGGAGGGUCGUCGCGCAGCGUCGGCCAGCAUGGGCGCAGCGCGGAGGAACUCCCGUCGGACUCUGGGCAUUGUCUUGCACUGGUCUGCUCCUGCUUCGGCAUCAGCUCCAUCGACAUCGACCGGGCCGGGGACGGAAGGUGCCAGCCCAUCGAGAUCCCCAUGUGCAAGGACAUCGGCUACAACAUGACUCGGAUGCCCAACCUGAUGGGGCACGAGGACCAGCGCGAAGCAGCCAUUCAGCUCCACGAGUUUGCCCCCCUGGUGGAGUACGGCUGCCACGGGCACCUCAAGUUCUUCCUCUGCCUCUACGCCCCCAUGUGCACGGAGCAGGUCUCCACGCCCAUCCCCGCUUGCCGGGUGAUGUGCGAGCAGGCCCGCUUCAAGUGUUCGCUCAUGGAGCAGUUCACCUUCAAGUGGCCCGACUCCCUGGACUGCAGCAAGCUGCAAAAAAACGACCCCAACUACCUAUGCAUGGAACCCAACAACGGCUCCGAGGAGCCCCCCAGGGGCUCCAGCAUCCUGCCCCUGUUCCGGCCCCAGAGGCCCCAAAGCGCCAGCCACGACCUGCAGCAGCAGCACAAGGACGGCUUGGGGCGGGCCACUUGCGAGAACCCCGGCAAGUUCCACCACGUGGAGAAGAGCGCUUCCUGCGCCCCGCUCUGCACCGCCGGGGUCGACGUCUACUGGAGCCGCCAUGACAAGCAGUUUGCCGUCAUCUGGAUCGCUGUCGGCAUCCUCUGCUUCUUCUCCAGCGCUUUCACCGUCCUCACCUUCCUGAUAGACCCCCAGCGCUUCAAGUAUCCCGAAAGGCCCAUCAUCUUCUUGUCCAUGUGCUACUGCGUCUACUCGGUGGGGUACAUCAUCCGCCUCUUCUCUGGUGCCGAGAGCAUUGCCUGCGACCGCGACAGUGGACAGCUCUACGUCAUCCAGGAGGGCUUGGAGAGAGGGUGCACUCUUGUCUUCCUCGUGCUCUAUUACUUUGGCAUGGCCAGCUCCUUGUGGUGGGUGAUCUUGACAUUGACUUGGUUCCUGGCCGCCGGGAAGAAAUGGGGCCACGAGGCCAUUGAAGCCAACAGUAGCUACUUCCACUUGGCGGCCUGGGCCAUCCCAGCCGUGAAGACGAUCAUGAUCUUGGUGAUGCGGAGGGUGGCUGGGGAUGAGCUGACAGGCUUGUGCUACGUGGGGAGCAUGGAUGUGAAUGCCUUGACUGGAUUUGUGCUGGUCCCUCUGGCUUGCUACCUAAUCAUAGGCACCUCCUUCAUUCUCUCUGGCUUUGUAGCCCUGUUCCACAUCAGGAGGGUGAUGAAAACUGGUGGGGAAAACACAGACAAGCUGGAGAAACUCAUGGUCAGGAUCGGGUCUUCUCGUUUGUAUACGGUGCCGGCUACCUGUGUCAUUGCUUACUUUUACGAGAGGCUGAACAUGGAUUACUGGAAAGUGGCCAUGCAGCAGAAGUGCAAGGUGAAUAACCAGACCAAACACCUGGACUGCUCGAUGAGCCACUCUAUCCCGGUGGUGGAGAUUUUCAUGGUCAAAGUCUUCAUGUUGCUGGUUGUGGGGAUUACCAGCGGCAUGUGGAUCUGGACCUCCAAGACCUUCCAGUCCUGGCAAAGCGUUUGCAGCCGGAGGCUAAAGAAGAGGACUCGGAGAAAACCGGCCAGCGUCAUUGCAAGUAGCGGACUUUACAAGAAGCCCCAGCACUUGCCCAAAGCCCACCAUGGAAAAUACGAGUCGGCUUUGCAACCCCCUACCUGUGUGUGAACAGAAUGUAUAGUAAUAAUAAUAAUGGU